AAAUUAUAUAACGAGAGAAAAAGAAAAUACGAAACACGUAUACAAGUUACAAGUUAGUGCACCAGCACUGCUCAAUGCAAUGACUACAAAUACUUGGUCAUUUCAACUCCUCUCCUCGUCUCUCUCUGAUCACACUACCUUCUCUUCCAAAAGUCGUCGUCGGGAAAACACAAAAGGACGAAAAUGACCCUCUUCAAGAGGCCAUGUCCUUACUCAAAGAUGGACAAGGAAGAUCCAGAAGAGGUACAUCGUCAAAGAGCCAAGUUCUUGAUUUACAAAACACUUCAAGAAGCCGAUUUGGUUUCGCGGCGUGAUCCUCAUUCGUCGUUUCUACGGCUGAAGCUUUAUCUGUUGAAGGUCAAGAUCGGAAAGAGGUUGACUAAUCUACGCCGAACCGUAGUAUCCGCCGUUAGAUUUGGCGGAAUUCGAAAACAUUCUCAUAACGGCGUAAGAGCGUUGAAGAAGCUGUUCCACGGUGGUGCAACAACUGGACUACCUAGGCCUAUUUUCACUCUUGAAGUUUGAUUUUAAUUUAUAUUAUUUCUUGUUUUGUGUAAUUUUUUUUCUUUUGUUUCUGGAGUUUCUUUUUAUCUCUUUUACAAAAGUUUAUCAAGAAAUGUAUUAUGAAGAGAUCAUGAGUUUUGUUUCUUUCAAAAAGGUAAAAAAAAAUCUUGAAAUUUUAUAAAUCAUUUAAUUAUAUGAUGGUGCAAAAGGAUUUAGAAGACACAUUUAAAUUUGGAUUAUGGAACUUGUAAUCGACGUAUUUUAGACAGUAGAAACGACGCAUUUUCAGAGAAAAAUGAUAUGGAUUGCACUGAAAUAUA